CGGAAGUAAGAUUGACCAAUCAAAUUGAAUCUAUAAAAUACAUUGUAAUUUCCCCUCCAUGUCGAACUUGGAACGGUUUUACUGCCAAAAUGUCAAGUUACAAAAUAGGGGUGAAUUUAAGGGUGACAGAAAAUAGCAACCAAGGAGGUCGGAAGUAUAUGGAAGAUACGCAUGCCAUAAGAUUCGUAAAAAAUGACGAAGGUGGCUUUGAAUUCGCUUAUUUUGGUAUUUUCGAUGGACACGGUGGUGGUGAGGCUUCAAAGUUUGCUCGCGAGCACCUUUUGGAUGAAAUUACUAAAUAUGAGUGCUUUUGGAAUGACAAUGAUGAAGAUGUAUUACAUGCAAUUAAAUCUGGGUUUCUUGACGUUCAUUUUGCAAUGUGGAGGGAAGUAGAUCGAUGGCCGAAAACUUCAAGUGGAUUUCGAAGCACAUCAGGAACUACAGCUAGUAUAGCUAUCAUAAAAAAUUCCAAGCUAUAUAUAGGGCAUGUUGGAGAUUCUGGAAUUGCUCUUGGUUACGAUGACAGUGGAAGUGAGAAAUUUAUACGACCAAAGGGUACAAUGUUGACUAUUGAUCACAAACCAGACAGUCCGGAGGAGAAAAAGAGGAUUGAAGAAUGCGGUGGCCAGGUUGUGGCUAAGUCUGGAGUCCAAAGAGUUGUUUGGAACAGACCUCGUAAUCAACAUCAAGGUCCAAUCAGACGUAGCACACCAAUAGAUAGAAUUCCUUUCUUAGCUGUAGCUAGAAGUUUAGGUGACCUUUGGAGUUACAACUAUUUGAAUGAACAGUUUGUGGUAUCCCCUGAACCAGAUGUAUCAGUGAGAAAGUUAGAUCCAGCCAGAGAUAAAUGUCUUGUUCUUGGUUCCGAUGGGAUGUGGAAUAUGCUUUCUGCUGAAGAAUCUGUGUCAGUUGUGGUAGAUCUGGAGUAUCACUUCGAGUACAAAGUCAUAAAUGAUCCUACUGCUCCUGUUUCAUAUUGGAUUAAUCCAGCAGAGAAGUUGGUACAAAGAGCUUUGAACAAGUGGAAGUCCCGUCUGAUGAGGGCUGACAAUACAAGUUGUGUUGUUGUUUUAAUAGAUCCACUCGGACCUAGAAAACUGUCUUUACUGAAAAAAGAAAGAGAGGAAAACUUGCGCAGAAUAAGAGAAAGCAAAGAAAAACAGACUAUUCCGGUCAAAAUGUCUACUCGUUCUUCACCACGUAAACCUUUAGAAUCUGACUCAGACUCUGGUAAAAAUGAGGUUAAGAAAGCUUCCCCUAAAAGUGCCCCUUCUAGUCCAAGAAAUGACAACGUACACAAAGGUGUCGUUUCACCAGUAUCUACUGAGAAGACAAGAAGAAUGUCUAUGCCUAAUUCUAUGGAAUUUGAUUUGGAUGAUAGUAUUCAAGCAGCUAGUAUAAAUAAAAAGUUGAAUUUUACACCAAGUACUGUUAGAGAAAAGAUGUCACGAGCAGUGGAUAUAUCUGAUCAAAUUUUAGCCCAGGGUAGUGCAUCUGCAAUGAAGAAAGCUACGGAAAUGUUAACACAUGGUCACAGAGGUAUCAUGGCCAGGAAAAUAGAUGACCAGCUUUGCCCAGAAAGUGCCUCAGCAAUGAAGAAAGCAAACAAGGCAAACUCAAAACACACUGACCUCCAGUUUAACAAUAAUGCCGUAGUUGACAAUUCACAUUUCACACGGACUAGACAGCGACAUUCGUCAGAUGCUGUAUUGACACUGAAAACUCCACAUCACGCAAAUCCCUUGACAUUACUUAAAGGAGUUGUGGGUAAAUCAUUAACUGAAAACAAAACUGAAUCUCAGUGCCGAAAUGUCCUCACAGAGAAUUCUAAACAGUCGAACAAAGUCAAUUCUCACGAUCAACACAAAGCCAAAGGAAAAAUUGACAUUCAUUCAAAGGAGGAUCAAAGUAUUUGUGAUGGUGCCGCAUUUAAAUUAAGGACAAAAGAGGAAAUUAAUGAAAGGCUAGGUCAUGGACAUCAGUUAAGGAACAGCAGUAAAAAAGGUGUUGUAAGCAAACCAAGUUCAACAGCUUUACGUAGACUCUCUUCAGACUCCAUUAAGAACACCACACGCACAAGUAUGCGAUUGCGAAAAAUUAAUCCACGAUCUCUAAGAUGUAAAUCUCAGACCGAAAAUAAGAACUUUGUAUCAAAGUUCAAAUUAGGUGGCUUGAAGAGAAAGAGAACAUUUUCAGAAGGAGCAUCUGUGUCAAAGAAAGUUUGCCGUAGUUAAUAGUGCUAGAUAUUUAAUUUAACAAUUACAAUAUUUGUCAUAUUAGCAUUCACAUUUUCUUGCUUUUCUUGAAAAGUUCUUUUUUAUUGGGUUUUAUAUUUAAUCGAAUUUAUGUGUAUGAAAAAUUAAUUAAAUAUUGUUGUUAAAGUUUUAAAAAAAAUUAAAUUGGUUUUAGAUAAUUUUUAUUGAAUAAUUCUUUAAAUUUGUCAUCAAAUUUGGAAGGAAAGAAAAUGUGAAUGUUAAAUAAUUUUAUGUGUUCAAUUCGACAUGAUUUUGAAAUGGUUGAUUUGUUUUCUGUUAAAACCAACCAUAUCCUUUCUAUAUUUGUGAUGAGAUAAUUAAAAGCAGGUAAUUAAUAUUAGUUGAACAAUUUAAUUUUACAUAUAAAUCUUAAGUUAUUGUUCUCUUUUAUUUAUAAUUUUAUCUACAUUUUAUUUUUGUUAAUUAAUCUUAAAAUGCAGUCUUUUUACUCAUUUAUAUCUAUUUACCUAUGUAUGUUUUUGUUACAAUCUACCUUUUAAAUACAUGUUAUACAUGUGAGUUAGUUUAAUGUGUACUUGAUCUAAGGU